AAUGGCGGCGCCGUCUUCGGCCUCGCCUUUUUCCCAGGGAAGUUGCCAGGAGUUGCUCGAAGAGGCUCUGUAGGAGUAGUAGCGGUGCGGCCUUAGUAGUGGGCGGGGAAUGGAAAAGGAGGCGCGAGACUUUUUUAAAACGGAGAUGAGUAAAAAAGAAGGCCGUUGAAGGAUGUACUCAUUGUUGAUGUCAGAUGAGCAGUGGUUCCUGCUUAUGCUCAUUGCAUCUUUUCUCCAGAACUCUCUGAAUAUAUCGGCACAUCUAAAUGUAUCCUCCCACUCUCAGAAACCAGUUAUCGCAGGACACUCCUUUACAACAAAAAAAUCAGGUUUCUGAGUACAAAAGUCCCACGGGCUGGAAAGCAAAAGAAGGCAUUUCCCCCUCCAUCACCGCCCCUUCACAGCUGCACAUGGCAGAUAAAAGCACCAGUGGGAUAUUGGCCUCCUCCAUCCACAGCGAAGACCUUCUGAGUGACAUGGAGCUCCUGCCAGCCUCAGAACCCACAACUCCAGCACAGCGGGUCCCUUGUUCUCACUCAGCCAGCCUUUACAGCUCCAAGGGGAUGAUACAACCCUACACAUCCUUGCACCAGUGUCGACAGACUGAGGUCCCAGCCUGUUCCCUCUUGGAUAGCCAGACUAACAGGGCCUUGGCCAGGGAACCAGAGGCUCCUGAGGUAGACCUGGAUACGUUGGCUGAAGAGCUGAGCCAUCGGCUCUCGACUGGUGUAGAGGCGAGUUCUCACAGGAAGGGUGCUGCCCCCACAGAGCUGCGGCAUAUCUCAGAAAUGGAGAAUGUGCGCUGCUACCUGCAGAAUAUGCUUCGUGGGUCCAAAGAGGCUGCUCAUGGAGACGCUGUGGCACCAGGAACCUUGGAGCGGAAAGAUGACGAUUCUUUCGAGAGCGAUAGCACGGCUGCCUUGCUCAAUGCCCGGCCGCUGCAGGAAGUGUCCCCGCCUGGCUCUUUUAUGGGCUUAGAGGAACUCUUCCCUCGCUACACCAGUUUACGCCUGGGCCAGGUCCGAGAACCCUCCUCCUAUGUAGAUUCCCACCACCUGAGGGACUCUUUGGACAAGGAGCAGGCUCGGCGGAAGCACUGCGAACGUCACAUCCAGACCUUGCAGCACCGCAUUUUAGAGUUGCAGCAACAAUUGGCUGUGGCUGUCUCAGCCGACAGGAAGAAAGAUAGCAUGAUAAAGCAGCUGGAUAAGACCCUGGCUAAAGUGGUGGAGGGCUGGAACCGUCAUGAGGCGGAGCGAACAACAGCGUUACAUCGACUGCAAGCUGAGAAAGAGGCAGCAGAACAGGCCCUGGGGAGGCAAAAGGAGAAAGUGUCAGAGAUGGAGGGGCGCCUUGAGAAUGCCUUGUCCGCCCUCAACCGGGAGCAGCAAGCAGUGAAACAGUAUUACAAAGAGAAGGAGAUGCUGGAGGAGGAGAAGGCGUCUGUGCUGUGCGACUUGGAGGCGGCACGCCUGCAGGUGCGUGACCUGGAGGGCAGUUGGGAUGUGGAGCGCCGCCAGCAAGAAGCGCUGCGAGCCACGCUGGAAGAACAGCAGCAGGACUGGGCCCAGCGGGAGAGGCAACUGGAGCAGCAGCGCCAGGCCCUGGAAGACGGGAGCCGGAGCCAGCUGGAGAUGGAAAAGGCAAUGACCCAACGAGAAGCUCAAAAGGCAGCAGAUGCCCAGCGGGUCCUGGCCUCUGUGCAGUCGGAAGUGCAAGUCCUGGGAACUGAACUGGAGGCUGUCCGGCGAGAGAGGGACAACUUAAAGAUGGAGAUAAGCUUGGUUAAGGCACGCUAUGAAGCACAGAAGGUAAAACUGGAGUCAGAAUUGAAAGUGGCGUUAGAGCAACGGGUGACAGAACGGCUGGCCGAGGUUCACGAGGAGAGCUUGCGCCAGAUGAGUGCCAUGCGGGAGCAGCACAGGAAGCAGCUCUUGGAGUUAAGCAGCCACCAUGAGAAGGAGUUGGCCAACCAGCUGGCCCAGUUCAAGUCUGACUUGGCUGAGAGGGAGGAUCGGCAGAGGCAUCUCACUGCGGAAUAUGAACACAGAAUCUCCAAACAGGAAGAAGAGAUUCGGGAGCUGCAGGUUAAACAUCGGCGGCUAGAGGCACAGCGAGCCGAGAUGGUGGGUCAGUUCCAGGCCAUGAUGCAAGCCCACUGGAACGAGGCCCUGCGUCUUUUUGCUGGCAGUGGUGCCUCCUUCCAGACCUGUGUGAAGCCCCAGCAGCAGGAUAACCCCUCAGUUGCAGACCCCACCGUGGACCCAGAAGCAGCUUCAGAAGCUCUGAAGAAGACGCAAAAAGUGGACUUUUUUGAGAAUAGCCAGAGGGCAGAAGACAGCAAAGUGUCACCCUGGACCCAGGCGGUCCCCCUCCAGCCUGUCACCCAGCGCAGCAAGUCCCAGGGGCCUCCUGAAGCCCCUGAAAAGUCAAUUCUGGACCCGUACCAGCAUUUUCUCCAUGCUUUCCCCGAUGUGGGUCGUCUCUCCUCAGAAUUCAGCCAUGUUUUCAACUACAGCCUUCUUAGUCCACAGGGCUUCCAGCAGCUGGAACCUCAGGCGGACACCACUGUAGCAGGUCCUGGUCUGACCUUCCACCCUGAGAACUUUGCAGAGCAUCCAUUCACCGAUGACACAGAUGAGACCCUCACAGAAGGGGCUGGCAUUGAGGGUCAGGCUUCCCACCGUAACAGUUCCGAGAGCAGCUUUCAAGUGCCUCCAUAUGACUUAAAUCACUACAUACGUCUGCUUUGGGACCACUCUGUGAAUGAAAGUGGUGCUCAGAAACAAGAAGGUUUUUCCAUGGUCAGGCCAACAGAAACGACAAACAAGACAGAGUUUGGCCCAUCCCUGUCUUACCAUGAACGGUCCACAGCUCUCUGGGAUCCAGCUCAGCCCAGCACCAUUCACAUUCAGCCACCCAGCAGUGCUGCUGUCCACAAAACCAAAGUGCCUUUGCCCAGAACUGGGCCAGCCUGCCCAAAUCAGGAACCAGCCAGUCCCCUGAAGCAGAAACCUGUCCAAGAGAGUGGGAUCCUGUCUCCAAGGCAGGUGGCUGAAGUUUCGCGUCUGCUGAAGCAAUACCAGGCCAAAGGAAGGCCUGUGCCUUCAACUGAGGACCUGUAUAACUAUUUGCGUGGGAUAAGCCAGAAUGGGACAGAAAUGAAAAACGACGGAAAUCUGCAAGCCAGGAGGAACUUGGAUUCCAAAUUAACAGAAACAACGAGGAAGGAGGGAGUUCCUAUGCGGCGCUCAGUCUCUUCAGGAUCUGGCCGCGAGAAGUCCCAGGCCAGUGCCAAAGCUGGGAGGAAACAAUCUGGAGGUGCACCAGCCUCCAACCCUCGCUUCAGCAGAGGCGGAGGAGGUAUAUGGAGAUGAUUUUGAUCUUGUGCUCGGACUAUUUCCUCCUUAGCCCAGUUUGUCUUGACAUUUUGGAUGGAUUUGUUCUGGAUGUGUUGCUUGUGAGCACCCGGCUUUGCUAUAAAAGUUUGCUCUUAUUUUGCACAGUUAAUUAUUUUUAUAUGAUUUUUAUUUUCUAAAUAAAAUAAUGUUGAGUUAUUUCUAA